GAGCCCUAGGGAGUCUCAAAGUUUGCGUCUAGAUCGGUAGUGUAAAGUGGGCUAUUGCGAAGGAAGUUUCCUGGGAUGAGAGCUGAUCGCCUGCUUUCCUUUUGAAUGCACAUCCCGCUUUAAUCCCUGAAGCCUUCGGUCCGAGGCCUGGACGGCCUGUGUACCCCGGCGAUUCUCAAACCUCCCAGGACGCCGGACGGGCGCCCGCGGCCCUUCUCUCUCUCCAACAGAGGAGGAAAGGUUUUCCUUCCUAAGUGCACACACCACACACUCACGCACACACACGCACACGGACAGAGAGCAACCUCGCGGUCCCCUCCUGCCCUCCGCAUCCUCGCCCCGCGCGGCUCGGCCACCAUGGAGGUGCUGGAGAGCGGGGAGCAGAGCGUCCUGCAGUGGGACCGCAAGCUGAGCGAGCUGUCAGAGCCCGGGGACAGCGAGGCCCUCCUGUACCAGACGCACUUCUCAGAACUUCUGGAUGAGUUCUCCCAGAAUGUCUUGGGUCAGCUCCUCAAUGACCCUUUCCUCUCUGAGAAGAGCGUGUCGAUGGAGGUGGAGCCAUCCCCCACAUCCCCAGCGCCUCUCAUCCAGGCUGAGCACAGCUACUCCCUGUGCGAGGAACCUCGGGCCCAGUCACCAUUGACCCAGGUCACCACCAGUGACAGCUUCAACGAUGAUGAAGCAGAAAGUGAGAAAUGGUACCUGUCUACAGAUUUUCCUUCGGCCACCAUCAAGACAGAGCCUAUUACAGACGAGCCACCCCCAGGACUUGUUCCCUCUGUCACUCUGACCAUUACAGCCAUCUCUACCCCUUUCGAGAAGGACGAACCUCCUCUGGAAAUGAAUACUGGGGUCGAUUCCUCAUGCCAGACCAUUAUUCCUAAGAUUAAGCUGGAGCCUCAUGAAGUAGAUCAGUUUCUGAACUUCUCACCUAAAGAAGCCCCCGGGGACCACCUGCACUUACCACCCACCCCACCCAGCAGUCAUGGCAGUGACUCGGAGGGCAGCCUGAGCCCCAACCCACGCCUGCACCCAUUUGGCCUGCCUCAGACCCACAGCCCAGCCAGAACUGCGCCCCGGGCUCCCUCCACCCUCUCCAGUUCCCCCCUCCUCACAGCUCCUCACAAACUGCAGGGAUCAGGCCCACUGGUCUUGACUGAGGAGGAGAAGAGGACUCUGAUAGCUGAGGGUUAUCCCAUCCCUACCAAAUUGCCCCUAACAAAAUCAGAGGAGAAGGCCCUGAAGAAAAUCCGGAGGAAAAUCAAAAAUAAGAUUUCUGCCCAGGAAAGUAGGAGAAAGAAGAAAGAGUACAUGGACAGCUUGGAGAAAAAAGUAGAGUCUUGCUCAACUGAGAACUCAGAACUUCGGAAGAAGGUCGAGGUUCUGGAGAACACCAAUAGAACUCUCCUUCAGCAACUGCAGAAGCUCCAGACUUUGGUGAUGGGCAAGGUUUCUCGUACCUGCAAGUUAGCUGGCACGCAGACGGGCACCUGCCUCAUGGUCGUCGUGCUGUGCUUUGCCGUGGCAUUCGGCAGCUUCUUUCAGGGCUGCAGCCCCUAUUCUUCUGCCACCAAGGCGGCCGUGCCCAGCCAGCACUCCAUGCCGGAGCCGUACACAGCCUCCGUCGUGAGAUCCAGGAACCUGCUGAUCUAUGAGGAGCACUCUUCCCCCGAGGAGCCAUCCAGCCCAACCACGGCUGCGGAGCUUGGGCACUGGGAUAGAGGCUCUUCCCUUCUCCGCGUGUCAGCGCUGGAGUCCGGGCCGGAUGUGGAUCUUUCCCAUUUCAUUAUCUCGAAUGAGACCAGCCUGGAGAAGUCAGUGCUUUUGGAGCUGCAACAGCACCUGGUCAGUGCCAAACUGGAGGGGAACGAAACACUCAAAGUUGUAGAACUCGACAGAAGAGUGAACACCACCUUCUAAGGAGGCUCUCCUUCAGCCCCCUCCCCCACUUCCCUUCAUCUACUUUUACACCUUCAAAUCACCUUUGUCAUAAGCUUUUCCUCUUUGCCACUGGAUCUUGACGAAGACAUGGACGAGCAUUAGUGGCUUCAGAUGGGAGGCCAGCCUGGGAUUUCCCCUGCAGUGAGAGAGCACCUUCCCCCCAGUAUGCGCCCCUCUGUGCAGAAGGGACCCCACAUCCCUCCCUCCCUCACUCUUACUGCCAUAGGAUAUUAUUUUAGGGGUGGGGUGGGACAAGCAGGCUUGUUUCCACCAGUAGUGCCAAAAAAAUACUGCCUGAUUCACACCUGUGAGGUGUGACGCCCCCCCUCUUUGAAGAAGAAAUGACUCAUUCAAUCAAGACCCCAGAUGCUAGCCACAAAAAAAUGCCACAAUGCCUGUUGGGAUUCGGCAAAGCACUGACUCAUGUCCUCCCUUGCUCACAGCGGGGUCUCCGGUGGGAACUCUGCCCCUCAGAGCCCUCGCUGGAUUGUUGGGCCCUGACGGGCGAGGGCUCCCCUCAUCAUUCUCAGGCCGCAAGUGCAAUGCCUGAAGGGAUCAGGCGUCUCUACUCCAGGCAAAUCUGCCCCAUCUCAUUGCUUGUAGGACCUCCCAUCACCCGGUCCCCACACACCCGUAGUUCUGCCUCCCAGCUUCUCCUCCCCGUGUGUAAAUAGUAUUUAUUAGCUUGCCGAGUAUUCUUGCUAGACAGCCACACUGAAGAGAUUCCAGGCCUCCCCUCAAGCGAGCAAGGUCUCUUCCUGGCGUUUGGAAUGAGGAGGGCAGCCUAGGCUCUGGGAUCCCCAAUCUUUCCAGACAAUAUUUCAUUUCCUUUUCCUCUUUCUUUUUUUAUUGGAGACUUAUAAAAUAAUUACUAUUGAGAAAUCCCGUGGGGCACAUGUCUGCCUCUAGGAUGAGCUCAGAGGGAAAGCAAGAGCGAUGCCUUGCUUGGGCCUGUGGCUCUGUGGACAAACGCUUUCUCUAUUCUGUUUGCAGGACAGAGAAGGGACGCCCUGUCCCUGACGACAGGCAUCUCAGAAAGCCUUGCUGGCUUGUCCUUCCACACCUGCCUGGCCCCUCCUCCCUCUGCACUUCCCCUAUGUCCUCCACCUCAACGGGGGCUGGAGUAGGUGACGUUUGUGUAUCCAGAUUCUUACCUUUUAUCGUCUUGUUUGGCUACCUUGCAGCUCACCCAAAGAGAUACAACCUAACUCCCAACCUACUUCUAUUUCUUUUUUUUUAAUGAUUAAAAGUAACUUUUGUAGUUUAAAACAACCUUUCCUCUUUCAUACAAAGAAGAAAUGAAAUUUCUUUUUUAUUAAAUAAUGUAGAUGACCCCCUUCCUUAAAUAUUUUUUCCUAGCUUGUAAAAGAUUUUGUGUAGGAAAUUUGCUUACGUUUUGUAUUUUAUUUUUAGUAGCAGCUGAAAUGCCCCUAGCAUUAGCUUUUUCCUCUCUCUCUCUCUCCUUUCCCCUCUCCCUCUCUCUCAUAUCAUCCACAUUGUCAUUGGAAUCUGUACUUGCAGGGACGAAGCCCACACCCGGUCAUUCCAUAGCAGAUACAGGAAUUGGUGUCAUUCCCUUUGUCACCCUGCUUCAUGAGUGGCUCCCUGCUUGUGUACCUAGCUGCAUUAGGGCUCACUGUGAUUCCUUGCUCUCCUGAGAUGGAGAGGGUUCCAGACUGGGAGUUCAUCUUCUUGUCCUGUGUGAGAGCUGAAUCCGGACCUCCACGGUGCUGGUAGCCCUGUUGUCUGGGUGGAUCUCAGUAUCCCUUACCUUGGCCAGGGCAGGCAAAGACCUGGCUAUGAGGAGAAGUGUUUGCUAUCAGGGUCUGCUGUUUCUCUCUGCUCCGCUCAGCUCUAGAUCCUCCUGGGCCCAGCUGGUGUCUGCUAACCAUGGCCACUGUUGACCCUCUCUUUUCAAAUGUCAUGUCAUUAUCAGGCAGCUUGUGGGGCCCGGAAAGGUUUCGUAUUUAAGGGCAGAAGUGAGGGACUGGGCCAGCCCACGCAGCUGCUGCAACUGAAGCAGAUUGAGUUAAGGCUUCUGGAUUACCCAGAGUAGAAAACCUGAUCUUCUGAAUGAGGAGGGCAAAGGAAGAGGAAACUUCUCGCCCUUGUCCUUAGUGCUUUCAGGAUUUUCUUUUCUCCCCCACUCUACUCACCCUUGCUUGGCAUCACUGUUUGCAGACCUCUGAGCAGCAGGGUUCUGAGAAACUGUCCUUCCAGAACAGAAUCUGUAUCUGGAGACAUAAGACAUUAGCCAGGGAGCUCAAAUGGCCCUUAAAGGGAAUUCCAAGAACCAGCAUGGCUGUUCUUUGAGAAAAACCUCUUCCCUCCACUCCUUGCUUAAGUGAGUAAAGGGUACUAACGGUCGUCCUUUAGGAGAACAAAAUGGAACCCGCACAGUCCCAUUCCAUGGGACUCUGGAGUCUAACUCACAUAAAGAGCGUGUUAUAUAAAAAUGAGGUCAAGAGGACACAGAAGGGUCGGAUAACACCAGAUCGGUUCCAAAUAAUCAACUGAUGCGUGCACAAUUUCUGUUCAGAGUUAAGCUCAGAAUAUUUGGUUUCUCCACUGAGCAGCCCCAUAAACUAGUCAUUAAUUCAUGUCAGCUCCGAAGAUUUCAAAUGGUGCACACAUUAGUGACUGAAUUUGUGUUUUGAGAAAUUUUAUGACACUGUGAGAGCAACCAUGACCCAUAAAGAAUAAAUCUGUUAAUUAUAUUUUUCAUUCAUGUAAACAAGGUUUCCUCUCCCCUUUCUUUGAUUACACAAGAAAAGGGUAUGUCUUGCAAAGUUCAGAGAACAACUGAUUUUUCACUGGAUGAGACCUUUGUAACCCAGACACACACUCCCCACCCCCAGCUAUGUUCUUUUCACAGCUCUUGACUUUGCACUUAAAAAGGGAUAUUGUAAAUGAAAGGCCUCAGUGCCAAUUUUAAGAAAGCAUUUCUGUGAAGUGUUAGGACUCUGGAGUCUAACUCACAUAAAGAGAGUGUUAUAUAAAAAUCUGACAGGGAACUAGGUUGCUCCUCUAUGGCAGGGGGUGGGGAUGAGAUUUGACACCAAUAUAGGCAAAAUUAGAUAACCUUUGGUUAGUAUAAAUGAUUGGUAGACCCAAUUUCUAGUUUGUGAAAGCAGGUUUUAGAUCAGCAUAUUUACAAACCAACCGUAAGUAUCAUGUUUUUUAUUUUUCUUCCUAAAUCUCUCAGUCCAGCGUGGAUGCCAAAAGGUAGCUGUGAAUCUUGUGUGUCCAUAAAGUGGGAGUAUUGAAUUGAUUCUUCUUUAUUCUGGCAGUGAUUCAGUGUCUGACAUUUUUGUCAUAAGUGUUUUAUUAACAUUAUUUUUCAGCAUUGCGUAGUCCCUCCCAGCAAAAGCAGAAAGGCAGAUUCGGAGGCCUCUCUAGGACAGCUCCUCUGAACACACAUGUCAUAUGAGAAGUGAAUUUGAGUAUAUCCCAGAAAGGGAGAAAUCCCACCACCAGUCAAGGACUGGAUCAUCCUUGCUGGUCUUGCUAACACAGGGACACUAGAGACGGAAGAGAAGUCUUUCCACCUCCCCCUUGACCUGACAUGAGUCACUAAUUUGGCUCUGUUGAGACCAGUCAUUGAGAAACCUCAGUUAAAAACACCAGCACUGGGGCACUGGGCUGGCAGGACCUGUGAGGCCACAGUGCCCUACUGGGAGUCAUUUUAUUUAGUCCCAGUGGCAGGGCAGUUACAGGAGAGGGUAGGGGUGCCUUAGAAUGGGACUGUGAGGGUUCCAGAGAGAGGUUUUAGAUUUUUCAUUCAUUCAUUCAAUCCACCUAGUAUUUUUCAGUAAUAAGGAGUAAUAACCCUGAGGCUUCAGGGGACAUUAAGUAAUUGGAGAGAGAGAGGGAACUUGAUCGACAAUAGUUGUUCAAAAGACCAAAGCGCUAGUUAAGCAUGCUCUCUCCCUCUCUCUGUCGCACAAACACACAUUCCUCCCUUGUCUUAGAUACUCAUUUGUGCCUUAAAUGUGCCUUAUAUAUGAAUCCAGGAUGACUGAGGGAUCCCUGGGAGAUUUUACAUAUAGCCUUAGAUUAUUAGAUUGAAAUGGAUGUGGUGGGCGGAAAGGAAGAGAUUUUUUCAAAGCCUCAAAAAUGGUUUUCUACAAGUGAGCCACUAUCAGAUUUGCUAAUCAGGAAAAAAGAAAUAGGGCCAUGUCCAUUAGGAAAAUCCCAUUUUGUAGGGGUGCAAUCCCAUCAAAAAAUGGCCAGCUAGGAUUAAAGGUAUUAUAAAUGCUCAUAACAGAACAUUUUCUCAGUGCAAGAAACCUGGCCCAUUUGAGGAUUACUGUUCCAUGCCUCUGUGGCCAAAGGGUCAGCACUUAACACAGGGAAAAAAACUAGGUGGUGGUUUGUUUUGUUAUUUCGGGCAACAUAAAAUUCAGUAAUGCUUUUCUGUGUUGUGGUUUUUAGAAACAAGGGAAAUGGUAUUUCCUGAGCACUUACUAAGGUGUUGGGUGCUAUGCUACAUUUAAAGUUUUUUCAAUUUUAGAGAUAUAGAAAACCAGGGAGACAGCUUAUGAUGAGACGGAUAAAGAUCUAAGUUAUGUAGGAAGUACACCCAUUCAGCAAGGGGUUGAGCAGACUCCUCUGUGAACACGCUGUAAACUUUUCAAGUUCUCCGGGCAGGAAUCGCAGCAUCUGCCCCCUGCGUUGGUGCCGCUGUGCAGUGUUCAUUUCUUCCCCUCAUCAUGGGGUUAUCCACCGUAUGGACCUCUCUAGUGUUUUUGAUCCAAUCUUCUUGAGUUCCAGCUAGCACACUUUACAUCUGGGAGAAGGGAAACGAGGGGUUUUAGCUCUGUUUCACUGUUCCCAUCCUUUGUUCACCAGCUGGGUGAGAAUAUGAACUUUUUGUACCAUGGACCCACGGCUUACACGACAUAGAAAAUCUCCCUUUUAGAUCAAAUGCUAUUUGAGUCUAUAAAAAAUGCCAGCACUCUGACAAACCCUAAAUGAUCCUUUGUAAACAAUGCUGAGCAGACCCUGGGCUAUAAUCAACAGUGAGUUUUAAGUCAAUGCUGACAGCUGGGCUUUCCUCUCUUUAGUAACAGGUUGUAUACACCAGCAGUGUGUAAAUCUAAAUACAUUGGGAGUCGAUUGUCCUCUUGCAUUGUUUUUUUUAAUGGCUUUUAUUCUUUAUCAUAGCUAAGUAAAUAUCAAAAAAAAAAAGGAAAAAAUGCUUUGUAGGAUACGUGUACUUAGAUUGAAAAAAAGAAUUGAAAUUGUUAUGCUUUUGUAUUUCCAUUUCUUGCAAAUAAAUAUUUUUCUUAAAUA